AUGGCAUCUCAAAAGCUAAUGCAUUUUCGAUUUCGAUGCCUCAAUUCUCCGGCGGCGCAAUUGAUUUACAGAAAUCGCUUUCAACACACUGGACUUGAGAAUAUAUCUUGGAAACGAAAUAGUGUGUCUGUGACAUCCCCCGGAUCGAGGUCAAUCAUCAAAGGCGCAUCGUCGGGUAUCUUGCAACAGAAAGCAAAUUCCAAUCUAAAAUGGUCGUCUACACCAGUAGUCCGCGUAGCAUCUUACAGUCUCACUACGCUUCCAGCUGCCCUUCCAGAAUACAGUCCGCCGACAACUGGCCUCUUAUCGUACCUCCCAAAGCCUGUAAUUCCUUAUGCGGAACUCAUCAGACUAGAUAAACCUACUGGAACAUACUAUCUAUUUUUCCCAUGUCUCUUCAGUACCCUUCUCGCCGCUACAAUGGCGACGCCCAUGGCUGCACCAUCCGCAGUGUUAGGGACGACAGCUCUCUUCUUCACUGGAGCACUAGUCAUGCGCGGAGCCGGCUGUACUAUCAAUGAUCUCUGGGAUCGCAAUUUAGAUCCGCAUGUGGCACGCACUCGGUUACGGCCCAUUGCGCGAAAAGCUGUCAGCCCCCAAGCUGCCAUCGUUUUCACUGGUGGUCAACUUUUGACCGGAUUGGGCGUCCUGCUAUCUCUUCCCUUCGAAUGCUUCUGGUACGCCACGCCGUCUCUCUUACUCGUUGCUACAUAUCCCCUAGCUAAACGAGUCACCAACUACCCUCAAUUCGUUCUUGGCCUCACGUUCUCAUGGGGAGCGAUGAUGGGCUUCCCAGCUCUGGGUGUUGACCUCCUCGCAAAUCAAGCUGCACUGGCAGCAGCCGCAUUUCUCUACUCGAGCAACGUCGCCUGGACCAUCCUGUACGACAUGAUAUAUGCUCAUAUGGAUAUCAAGGAUGACGCAAAGGCUGGCAUCAAGAGCAUCGCUUUGAAACACGACAAGGAAACCAAAGCUGUGUUGAGCGGCUUAGCUGUCGCACAGGUGGGACUUCUCGCAGCUACUGGUGUAGCCGCAGGUUUGGGGCCUGUAUUCUUUGUCGGGUCGUGUGGAGGUGCGGCACUGACAUUGGCCACCAUGAUAUGGAGAGUCAAACUGAAAGAGGUCAAGAAUUGUUGGUGGUGGUUCAAAAAUGGAGCUUGGUACACUGGAGGUGUGAUCGGGCUUGGUCUUGCAGGCGAGUACAUAACUCAUCUGCUAGGCUGGUACGGAGACGAAGAAGGAAAGGAAUCAUAG